ACGUGUGCGCGUAAUAGUUUGUGCAAGCGAUGCGCCCCACCCGCGGCUGUGUGGUUGCAUUGAGGCGUGAGGCCAGUACACCGUUCCGCACGAUGGUAAACGCACGUACGCUCGCGCUCGCGUUCACCGCUCUUUUGGCCGUCGCGGCCGCUUCGCCCCUCACGAGCGUGCGGGUCAGGAGACAGCUGGCCGACGACAACACGCUGCAACCGAUCGAGGAUGGCAUUACAUACCGCCGCCAGGUACGAAGCACGAGCCCGGAGCGCGUAUCGUUGUUGCCGACAUCGGACACGAGCCCGUUCAACACGGGGGCCACUUUGAACAAGGGGGUCACCUUGAACAAGGGGACCACUUUGAACAAGGGGGUCACCUUGAACAAGGGGGUCACCUCGAACCAGGGGGUCGGCUCGAACCUCAACGCGUGGAGCCAGGACAGCAACACAGGGGCCACGUCCGCUACUCAGGGCACCUCAUUGAACACCAGGGGGUUGUCUACCAACUCCGAGAGGGGGGCGAGGCAGGCCGACGACAUCCCAGUGUUCGAUCGGAACAAGGUCAGCCUGGACUUCCCGGGGGCGUUGUUUGGUCCGUCCCUGUCGCUGCUCAUCAAGACCACUAAAAUUGUUGGAGAUGUCAUACAGAACUCGGCAGUCCGGUACCAGUCCUUCCUGAGGCUGUUCCGGCCUCUGUUCCGAGGCCAAUUCGAGAUCAAGGGCCUGGACCCUCCCACCACCACGACCACCACCACCACAACCACGACCAAAGCGCCAGUAGCAGCUGACAACGAAGUUCGCAGGCGAUAGAAGGAAAUCUUGGAAUGAGUUAUUUGCAGAUAUAUUGACUUUUCAUCGAUUCAACGCAAAUAGAUGAGAGUUUUAUAAAGUAGAAAGAUUUUUAGCAACAUCAUUUAUGAGAAAAUUUGCCAUGAAAAUAUAACCAACUAGAUGUUACCCGCGGUACAACGUAGCCUGUGUGUUAAUCCAAGGUACCAGGGUAACCAGCUAACUCCAUGCCAAAUUUUAUUAAAAUCACUCCAGCCGUUUAGAUGUGAAGAAGUAACAAACAUUCGCCUUUUUAAUAUUACAGCGAUUUUAGUUUUGAAUUGAAACUCGACUAAUAUUUCUGCAAAUAACUGUUUUGGUUCGAUAUUGUUUUAAGUAGAGCGAAUUUUAAUAAAUAUGUUGUUUGUGGCUUAAAAAUAUCAAAAUUUUUGUUAGGAAUAUUUUGAAAUGUUUUUUUGUGAAAAAGAUGCCAAAAAAUUGUUGAUUACAUAAUUCGGAUAUAAAGCAAAGAGGCUUUACCAAUAAUAUUAUGUAGUAUGUAAUAAAUACUAUGAUGAGAAUACAAGUAAGAUACAAAAACUGUAUAUCACAAUGUGUCUCAGCUCUCAGCUUAGCAAUUAAUUUUUCAGUCACUUUAAUAAGAACUGUGUUACCCAACUGCAGAAAAGGGUGAUGUUUCCGGGUCCCACUAUGGCCAAGUGCUGGGCAAGUCUGUCGGGUGGUUCUUUGGAAUAACAAAAUAUACUCAACAUCAAAUAAACCGCACCUUCCGCGACGCGAACUUUAACGAUUUUCUUCUGACACAAUCAUGG